UUUUUAGUGUAAUUAUAUUCCUGUGAAGUAAAAGUACAAGUUACAAGUACAAGACAAUUUAAGAAUUACGUCAACAUUUAUAUACAUAUUUAAAUUAAUAUAAAUAUAUAUACAUCUAUACAUAUCUAUAUACUAUAUAAAUAUAUUUUUAAAAAAACAAGAAUAAUUAACAGCCGCCUACAAAAAAUAGCCCAACCUACACUGUGACAUUUUUUCAUUAUUUUAAUAUAAACUGCCUCGAAAGAAAUAUAUAAAUACAUAUUUCUCAGUAUAUAUAAAUAUAUGCUUGACGAUUUUAAUAUUACAAAGUUUAUCAGUGGUUUGUGUAAAUGUAACAGUUCAGUGUCAGAUAUUUAAUAAUUUAAAAAAAAAAUUAAUAAUAUUAAUUAAUAUAUGAUCUCAUAUAUUUAUAAAACUCUUGGAAGUUUACCUCAAUGUUAUUCAAUGGAAUAUAAGUUAUAUUUAGUACAUGACGACUAGCAUCACUGGGAUCAUUGCUGAGUUUGCAUCAUAAAUAAUAUUUGUUUUUUAAUCAUAUAUCUAUUUGAUAGAAAAAAGUAGUUUUUUUAUAUAUAUACAUAUUUAUUUAUUUAUUAAAAAUGGAAGAUAUAUUUCAAUGGUGUCGUGAAGGAAAUGCAAUGCAAGUUCGUGUAUGGCUUGAUGAUACUGAGCAUGACAUGAAUCAAGGAGAUGACCAUGGGUUUAGUCCACUUCAUUGGUGCUGUAAAGAAGGACACUCAAAACUUGCUGAAUUACUUGUUAGCAGAGGAGCCAGAAUUAAUGCUACAAAUCGAGGCGAUGACACUCCACUACAUCUAGCAUCUGCUCAUGGACAUCGGGAUAUAGUCCAGCUGUUACUUCGUAAUAAAGCUGAUGUUAACGUAACGAAUGAGCAUGGUAAUACAGCAUUACAUUACGCUUGUUUUUGGGGAGAUCAUGCUGUGGCGGAAGAGCUCGUGUCCGCAGGAGCUUUAGUCUCUAUUGCCAAUAAAGAUGGAGACACUCCACUUGAUAAAGCCCGCGGUCCAUUGGCAAAACGUUUACAUGAUCUUGCUGUUGAGUUUGGACAAGACUUGAAGAAGAUUCAAUUUAAGGAUCAGAGUUGGCUGGGAUUAAAGACCCGCAGCCGUGAUGCGACACUUUCAAGACACAAAGGCAUUAAUAUGGCUGAGUUGUCACUUCACACACACUUGGCAAGUACUCCGAGCGGUGAAACUUGGCGUGGAAGAUGGCAAAAUAAUGAUAUUGUUGCUAAAAUUUUGAAUUUGCGCGAAUGCACAUCUCGUAUUUCUCGGGACUUCAAUGAGGAGUUUCCGAAACUAAGAAUAUUUUCACAUCCAAAUGUCUUGCCAGUCCUUGGAUGUGUAAAUCAGCCACCUCAGCUUGUAACAGUGUCGCAGUAUAUGGCAAGAGGAAGUUUGCAUAGAUUACUUCACGGUGGUACAGGAGUUGUGCUAGAUAGCGCCCGAGCUUUACGAUUGGCACUGGAUGUUGCACGUGCAAUGGCAUUUUUACACGGACUUGAAAGACAAAAUCGAUGCCGGUUUCAUUUAAAUAGCAAACACGUCAUGAUCGACGAGGAUUUGACAGCGCGCGUCAAUAUGGCAGACUCUAAGUUUUCAUUCCAAGAAGUGGGACGUAUUUAUGAACCUGCGUGGAUGUCGCCAGAGGCUUUAAGCAAACGACCCGCUGACAUAAAUUUAGAGGCAAGCGAUAUGUGGAGUUUUGCAAUAUUACUCUGGGAACUUGCUUCGCGUGAAGUUCCGUUUGCUGAUUUAUCUCCGAUGGAAUGUGGAAUGAAGAUUGCAUUGGAAGAUCUACGAGUUGAAAUUCCUCGUGGGAUUUCUCCACAUCUGGCUAAACUUAUCCGCAUUUGUAUGAAUGAGGAUCCUGGCAAACGUCCAUCUUUUGAUAUGGUAGUACCGAUCCUCGAUAAAAUGAAACGUUAAAGGACAGCGAAAAAAAGAAUAUAGCUAAGAAAAUAUAAAGAGAAAACAUAAAAUUAUAAACCAACAAUGACACUAUAUAUUUAAGAAUAGCAUUCUAUAAAUUUAUCACUCAAAUAAUACAUUAAACUUCAAAUAAAUGUAAUAAUAAAAGUAAUGUAUAGGACUGAUCAUUACAAAUCAUAUGUACAUUACUUUUAUUACGUCGCGUUAGAUUCACAAAACUUUUUGAAUCUCAUUCUCUACUCCGGUGCUGCCAAGUUACAAUAGAUAAAAAGAAAACUUUAUGAAAGUAAGAGUAUUAUAUACUUACUAAUAUAUUUUUUAUAUUACAAUAUUAUAAUCAUUAAAGUUUAUGAUACUGAAGUUAGCCGACGUCUGGUAAUUUUUUGAUUUUUUUCAGAAUCAUGAAAUAUAAAAUGAAAAUAUUUUUAAAAAUUUCACCUAUGGGUAUAGUCAGAAAUUUACUUUAGAGUGAAAAAUGAAAAUUUUGCGGUCUCAAAUAUUAUAAUAAUGUUAAAAGUAGCCGAUAUCUGACAACUUUGAUUAUUAAGGGGCACCACUAGUGUGAAAUUUUGGGAAAAUCGAUUUUCAUUUUUUAUAUUUCGAUAGUCUAUAGCUUCAAAAAUAAUAUACUAAAAUUUGAAGUGCAUAUCUCAAAUAGUUUUUGAGUUACAGCCGAUUGAAGAGCAGCCGCUCAUCGGUUCUCAAAACUAAAUUUUUCAAAUUUGCUGCAGUUAUCUCGAUUCGAUUCUUAUCACAGCUUCUUUUAUAUGUUUCUCCGUACCAUGAACCUCCAGUUUUCUAAUCGAGUAGAAAGUGUAAUUUAGGCAAGCCAAAAAUCAUCAAAAUUUCGCGCGAAAUUUGAAACUUUUUUUAAAAACGCCAUUUUGUUAAAUUUCAGCUUUUUUUUUGUCUUGGGAGAUUACGAAUAACUCGCUGAAUUUUCAAUUUUUAGUUCAAAAAUUUUAUUAUAUAUUUAUAAUAUAUCUUUAAAACAUUAAAACAUUCCAUGCAGCAGUUUUCUUUAAAAAAAUUUCCAAAAAUCAUGUUUUUCAGGCGGUCAUACUAGUAGCACCCCUUAAUUAUCAUCAGAAAAAUUAAAAAAAAAAAAUAUACACGAGACAAUUUUUGAAAAUACUUCCCAUAGAUUUUAAAAAUUUUUUCCCCGUCAGUAUUUACUUUGAUUAUUCGAAAGAAAUAAAUUUUUUCAACUACUCUCAGCUUCAUACAUUAUCUGGUUGGACCAUAGAAACAAUUCGUUUAUCGUAAUGCGUUCCUAAACUGCAGAGCUAAAUGCAGUAUCUGUUAUUCUUUCAUUGCUCUAGUUUUAAUUAAACCACGUGACUUCCAUUUAGUAUCCCCAACUACCCGGUUACAUAUUUAUCAACCUCCUUUCUGAACACACCCAUAGUUUUUAAAUUUUCUACAUGCACAUAUUUUUAGUUUUUUUUUUUUUUUUUCAAUUAAUUAAUAAAAACAAAAAUCCAAAAAUUGUUGACUCUGCUAACUUCAGAUCAUUAAAAUGUGCCUUCAAUAUUAUUUAAAAAUAUAACUAUUUUAUUGUUAGAUAUUUUAUUAAUAAAGUAACUUGAAAAAAAAUAUUUUUUUUAGUUGACAUGUCUAAAUUUGACCAAGCUAUUAAUUGUAUAUUUAUAUUGCCAACAAUUUAAAAUUUUUUAGUCCCUUUAUAAUUAAAUUCAUCUACUUGUUGACCAUCCGGUUUCUGCAACAAAAAUUAAUGAACAAAUAUCGAGUAUAAAUAAACAUGUGUAUUUACUCCAUUUAAUUGAGAAUUUCCUUUGCCACAAUUCCAACAUACUACUGCACCUUAUUAAGAGUUCGAUGAAGAUCAAAUACAGUACAAAGCAUCUACUAAUUGAAUUAUUGAUUAGUAUUAGUUAAUUCAAUAGCUUGUUCAAAUUUUCAAAGUAAGUUAGCUAAUUAAAUUAACAAUGGCAUUAAAUUAUAUUAUAAUUAUAUACAACAUUAAAUUAAUUAAUCAACAUUGUCAUAAAUCUUAUAUAUUUUACUAAAAAUAAAAAAUUUUUUAUAACUAAAUAAAUAGAUCUUAUUUAUUCAUAAAUUUAUAAAUUUACGCAAAACGUGUAACAAAAAUUUGACUUUUUUCAAAGUAGUAAAUAAUUUUAUCGAUUCUCCAGAAAUUUUUCUAGAUAUCAAGUUCAAUAUCCUGAAAAAAAUAGAUUUUUACUCAAAAUCGUUGAAUUUUUUGGUGGGGUUAUAAAUACAUUCAAGAAAUCAAUUCGAGUGAAAACUGACUCCAAUAAUUAAACUGUAUGACUGUUUAGAUUUAGUUAUUUUUUUUUAUCACUCACACUGUGAUAACGCAAAUGAAAAUUAUGAUACUGAAGUUAACCAACGUCUAAUAAUUUUUCGAUUUUUUUUUAACCAAAAAAUUAUAAAGAAAAAGAGGUUAGAAAAAAUUGCACCUGUAGUUUUUUAAAUUUUCUAAAUGUGCAUAUUUUUAUUUUUUGUUCUUUUGUAGUUGGUUUGUCGAAAAAAAAUCCGAAAAUUACUAAUUGACUGCUAGCUUUAGGAUCAUUGAAAUUUUGUAAAUUGCAGAAAGCCUUAAAUAAAUAAAUAAAAACAUAUUUAUGUUUUUGACAUCAAUAUAAGAUUAUGUAAAAAUAUAAAAACGUUUCAUUCAAUUGAUGUCAUCAACAGUGACACAUUAAUUUGAAUAUUUAAAUGUUGGUGUAUUAAAAUAAA